AUGGCCGGGUAUCGAGCAGUUGGCAAUCCCGAGGUGCUGGCACCCCACGAGCAUGGCAUAGGGCACACCAUAAGUCGCCCCGCGGCCAACUCCAUCGGACAUAACGGUCAAGAGGCUACGAACAAAGAGUCAGGCCAGACUGGGCUGCUGGACAAGUCUGGUCAAUGGAACUUGAACAUCAACGAAAUGCCAUUAAGAUCUCAAACAACAUUCGUUGUCCCACCACGACAACAACGAAACCGACAAUGGUGGCACAGAAUCGGUCUGCCUGGAAUGGUCAUUCUCACUGUCGGCACGGGCGUCAGUCUGUUUUCCGUUGCGCUACUCAUCUUCCUCUGGCAGGGAGCCGACGGGGCGAGGAGCCGUCAUCAUCGAGCCGAAUUCUGGGAUAACAUUGUCUUUGACGAUUGGUCCACGCGACUCGUCACCAUCUGUUCCGCCGCUAUUCGGGUGUCAAUGGGUUUCCAGAUCGGACUUGCAGCAGCGGCCAUGGCGGCUGUCAUCCUAGAAACUACCGGCAGUCGAUUCUCUGACACGGCAAUGCUGUCUAUCCAGAGAGCUUCAAGUUCCAGCGCCGGCCCAUCGGAUCUUCUUCCUACCGCUUGGCGACACUGUCUUGCAGGCCGGUCCUCAGGCCUGCUUUACUUUGUUAUCCUUGCAUUGACGUUUGGCAUUGCAUUGAUUUCGACCUUGACUUCGACCAUCCUUCUCUUCGACUUUGGCCAAGACCAGAUCGCAGCUCCCAUAGCUACAGGCACCAAAGCUGUUGGGUUUGACACAUCAGAGAUCUUCCCUUUCAAUGGCAUCUCGUAUUGGAAAUCAAGACCAAUGGCUCAUUGGCGCUUUGCCGAGUCUCGUCCUAGUGAGAUGGAAAUAGCACUUCGCACUGAGAAUGCUGUUGAUACGGGUGACGUCUAUCGGGCCAUGCUUCCAUUUGAUAGCCCCCAAGACAGAACUACUCUCGAGUAUUACCAUGGGCCCGCUGUCGUCAUAAAUCAGCGAACUGCCUGUUUCGCACCAACCUUGGACAAUGUGGAACUCGUUUACAAGUUAAAUGAUGGUUCUGCCAUCGGUGGCUUGUAUCUCAGCGCCACUGCUGCCGUCGAGAAUCAGACUGACUUGAUUGGAAGUGAUGUGAGCAAGCUUGGACAAUCAACCUGCAGAAUUCACAACGGAUGGAAUAGCACAGACUCCUUUCUAUUACCAAUCUCUCUAUGCAGCAGUGUAUCGAAUACUGUGCCCAUAGAAAAUGGUACUGAGAACCCACUCUCUGGUUGGGCUUAUGGCUUCAAUUCAGUUCUACUCGUCAGCUCAGGCUCAGUUUUGAACGGGAUUGCUCCUACCAGCUAUGAAAAGUCUCGAGAGUUAAGCCCACCGAAAAUACCGAAAGAGUUAGACGACCUGACAUUCCGCCAAGAUGGACCUUGGACAGUGGCCUACACAGCCAAAGGGACCGAGGUAUUCAAUGCGACCAUCUGCUACAUCAGCCAGAACCUACCUCACAGGUACAAUGUCACUAUGACGGGGCGAGCUGUUCCCUCCGAACCAGAGUUCCUAGCUGAUUGGUCAACCUUGAUGGCCACAGAAAAUGGCACAGGUAUUCUGCAGCAGCUGGGCGUUGGGAUCUCUCCUGAUAAUACGAGAGGACGCGGUAUCUUAGACCUCCAAGUUCACUCUGGCCCGGACCUCUGGGCGAAUCCGGAUGAUGGAAGACAGGUACAGACUGCAUACUCUUUGCUUUGGUCUACACUCCUUGAAUUUUCUGCCCUCGGGAGCUGGAGCUUUGCAGGAAGGAUUAUGAAAGACGAGUUCCUGACACAAAUCAUUUGGCCAACCCACCCCGAACAUGCCGCCGUGUUUCAAAAUAUUCUCCAUCUCACUGGCGAUCCAGCGCAAGCGAUACAAGCAGUUGUAUUCCGCUUCUACCAGAUGUUAUACUACGACUGGCUGCCCAACUUUGAGCCUACUCGUCAAGUCACAACAAUUCACGCCCAAGACGUGCUCAUCCCGCAACAGUGGAGAGGUUUUGUCGUGGUUAUGGCCAUCAUAGUUGCACACUUUAUCGUGACUACUCUCGCGAUGGCACUCUUUGCGCAGCGAACCGAAUCAUCUCUCUUGGGUAAUGCUUGGCAGGCUGUCUCGCAAGUCGUUUCUCCUGAUACCCAAGAUAUCAUCCGAGCAGCGGGUAGCGAAGGUAUGAAGGACAAGGAUGUGGAGGCGCUGGCGAGAUCAACAGGUCGAGAUAAAGAAGUGAUCGCUUUGUCGAGUGGUGUUGAUAGUGGCAGGACGGAGUUGCGUGUACGUUAG